AUGACCAACGAUGACCUGAGCAGCCGUGAAACCGACUCGCUUGAGUAUGUGUUCCUUGCUAUCUUCACGCUUGAGGCGCUGCUCAAGAUCAUCGCCACCGGCUUUCUCUUCUGCGGGCCGCCCUCAUAUCUGCGCAACAAAUGGAACAUUCUCGACUUUAUCAUCGUCGCAGUCGGGUUGAUUGGUGUGGUUGUGGAGCAAUCUGGCAGCAGCGUGGCCGACGUCAAAGCGCUCCGUGCGCUGCGCGUGCUCAGGCCGCUUCGUCUCAUCACAUCCGUGCAAAGUCUUCAGAUUGUUCUCAACUCGAUCCUGUUGUCCAUCCCUGCGCUGGCGGACGUGGCCAUGUUGCUCGGCUUCCUCAUCGUGAUUUAUGCGAUUAUCGGGCUUGAGUUCUAUCGCGGCGUGCUGAACCACCAGUGCUUUCUGCCAAGCUCAGAUGUUGGCGCGAACGUGACUGCGGAUCGCUACAUCAACAACACACCCUACUUCCUCGCCCCCGACACGGCGCCCUGCGACCCCGCAGGACGAGGCAGAGUGUGUUCGACGGAUGGGCUGUGUCUUGCUGGAUCGUCGCCAAACUCCAACAUCACCGCGUUCGACCACGCAGGUUCGUUUCUCAAGUUUGAUGCGGCGGAGAGCAUGGCAGAGCACGAGCAGAACUUCUUCAACAGCAGCGCCGGUGCUGAUGGGAAUGACGGCGACGACGACGAUGACGACAUUGACGAUGACGCGACCACCGUGCUGGUCCUCGGCCUCUCCCUACCCAGCGGCAAUCGAGACUUUGUUGAAGCGGAGCCAACAGAGCCCAUCAGCAACAUCCGCACGCGCAUUAUGCAGAAGUUUGCUGAGCAGGGCGAGGACAGGGACAAGCUGAUGUCGUUUGUGCUGGCGCAUCCGCACGACGGCCACAUUCUUGAUGAGACACGCACGCUCGGGGAACAAGGCGUCCAAGUGAAGUCACUGCGGGAGUACAACGAAAUCCUCACGAUGUCGCAGCACAAUCAGCACGAACUGUUGAAGCCGGCGACAGUGCAGAUGCUCUCAAAAUUGGGCGCCGUUGUCAAGUCGCGCUGGUUCAACCUCGUGGUGACGUUCAUGGUGCUGGUGAACACUGUGCUGCUCGCCGUCCAGACGGACGCCGGCGCAACAGAUGAGGCCGCGUUCGCCUUCACCAUUGUGGAAGCGUCGUUUGUGGGCCUGUUUGUACUUGAGAUGCUGGUGAAGCUGGCCGGGUUGCGGCCGCACAUGUACUUUGAGUCCAAGUUCAACCGAUUUGACCUGACGGUUGUGCUGCUGAGUCUGCUUGAGUUGAUCCUUGUGCACACGACGGGUCUGCGCUCCAUUGGCAUCAGCGCGCUGCGGUCGCUGCGUCUGCUGCGCAUCUUCCGCGAGAUGAAGCAGUACUGGGAGGACAUCAACGACUUUGUUGUCUCUCUCCUCAACAGCAUCGCCUCGAUUGUCUCGCUACUGCUGCUCAUCCUCAUCUACAUGGUCAUCGUCGCUCUUCUCGGCAUGCAAAUCUUCGGCGGCAGGUUUGACUUUGAGGAUCCAAAGCCGCGCAUCAACUUUGACGACUUCUUCUCUGCGCUGCUGACGGUGUUCAUCGUCAUUGUUGGUGAUGACUGGAACAGCGUCAUGUACAACGGCAUCCUCGCUUACAACGGCGUCAACAAAGACGGCUGGGUUGCGAUUGUGUUCUUCUGUGUGGUGGUGAUUCUCGGCAUGUUUGUCCUGCUGAACGUCUUCCUUGCCAUUGCCGUGAAAUCGCUCGAUGAUGCACGCGACCUCAAGGCCGCCAGGGACGAGCACAAGGAGCGGUGGAAGGCUGAGGCGGCCGUGAGCGACGAGUCUGAGGACGAUCGUGAGGACCGCCGCCGUCACCGCCAAUACGCAAACCCGCUCGUCGGCGCAGCGGAGCAAGAGAAAGAAGAAGUGGAGCUCCAGAACACCGUUCUCUGCGACGUUGACAAUGUGCCGCUUCGCAAGCAUCUGACGCGCGCUGUUGCGAACAACAAGUCGCUGUUUUGUCUUGGGCCACGCAAUUCCUUCCGCAAGUUCUGCAACAACAUCGCCUAUGACAACCGGUUUGAGUCUGUGAUUCUUCUCCUCAUUCUCAUCAGCAGCGCUCUUCUUGCUGCCGAGGACCCCGUCAAUCUUGACGCGCAGAUCAACAAGGAUUUGGAAACAGCGGACAUCUUCUUCACAUCUGUGUUUUCGUUGGAAAUGGCAUUGAAGAUUGUGGCGCUCGGCUUCAUCCCGUACAUCACCGAUCCGUGGAAUGACCUGGACGCUGUUGUUGUUCUCGCCUCAGUUGUCUCCCUUGCCAUCUCUAGCGACGAUGCUGCGGUUGUUCGCGUUCUUCGCGUCUUUCGCGUUCUGCGCCCGCUCCGUGCAAUCAAGCGAGCACCGGGGCUGCGCAAAGUCGUCAGCUGCAUGGUGGUGUCGAUCAAGACGAUUGGGAAUGUGUUCAUUGUGACAUUCCUGCUCACGUUCAUCUACGCCAUCAUCGGCGUGCAGUCGUUCAAGGAAUGCUUUGGUCGCUGUAACGACCCGGAUGUGAUGUUCAAGUCGCAGUGCAACGGCACGUUUCUGGUGGAAGAUGACGCCGGUCUGUUUUCGAACGCCACACGCGCGUGGUCGACGCCAUACUUCAACUUUGACAACGUCGGCAAGGGCAUGCUCACCCUCUUCACUGUCUCAACACUCGAAGGAUGGAUCGACGUGAUGAACAAUGCCAUCGACUGCACAGCCGAGAAUCGGCAGCCGGAGCGAAACAACAACCCUGUUGCCGCGCUUUUCUUUGUCACAUACGUCAUUUUGGUUGCAUUCUUCAUGCUGAACAUCUUCGUUGGUUAUGUGAUCAUCACCUUCUCGAGCGAGGGCGAGUCGUAUGAGGCUGUGGACGGCCUGGACAAGAACCAGCGAAAAUGUCUGGCGUUUUGCUUGAAUGCACAGCCGAUUCGCGUGCACCGUCCUCUCUACCGCGCACAGAUUAGCAUUUUCCGCUUUGUGAGCAGCAAGCAUUUUGAGUGGUUCAUCAUGGCCGCCAUCAUCGGCAACUCCAUCGUCCUGCUCAUGGCCUACGAGGGCAUGCCCAGCGACUACGAGAUGGGCCUGCAACUGUGCAACAUUGUCUUCACAGGCAUCUUCACUGUGGAGGCGCUGCUGAAGCUGUUUGCGCUCAACCCGACGGGCUAUUUCCACGACUCGUGGAACUUCUUCGACUUUAUUAUCGUCGUCGGCUCCCUCGUGGAUGUGUUUCUCUCCGCAACGCAAAGCAGUGGGGAUAGCGGUGUCAACAUUGGAUUCUUGCGGCUCUUCCGUGUGGCCAGGUUGUUGAAGCUUGUGAGCCGCGGUAAGGGCAUGAAGCGGCUGCUGUGGACGUUUGCGAAAUCGUUCCAGUCGCUGCCGUAUGUUGCUGCUCUGAUCAUGAUGCUCUUCUUCGUCUACGCCGUCAUCGGCAUGCAGCUGUUUGCCCGGACCGGUUUCCGUGAAGACGGCGACAUCAACGAGCACAACAACUUUAGAGACUUUUUCGGGGCGCUUCUGCUGCUGUUCCGCUGCGCUACGGGCGAGAACUGGCAAAACAUGAUGCGCGACAUCCACCUCGGACCCCCAAACUGCGACCCGGCGACGGAGCCUGGGGUGUGCGGGAGCGUGGUUGCUGUUCCGUUCUUCUGCACGUUCCUCGUGCUCUGCUCCUUCCUGAUCCUCAACCUGUUUGUUGCGGUCAUCAUGGACAACUUUGAAUACCUGACGCAAGACAACUCGCUUCUUGGCGAACACGACCUUCCACAAUUCAUUGACCGCUGGAGCGAGUUUGACCCGGCGUGCACGCAUCGGAUAUCGCACCACGAUCUCAUGGAGCUCUUGCGAUCUGAAGAGCCCCCGCUCGGUUUCGGCAGAAAGUGCCCGCCAAAGACGGUGUAUUCGAAGAUGAUGCGGCUGAAUGUCCCGCUGCAUUUGGACGGUACGGUGGACUUCCACGCCUGCCUGUUGGCGAUUGUGCGCAACCAACUGCACAUCAAGACAUCGUACCUGGAUGGCAGCUGGGAGCAGCGCAACUACGACCUGCGCAAGUUGCUGGAGAAACUCUACGAUCCACCAAAGGAACAGCUCGACCGCAUGUUGCCUCCGCCUUCGAAGCGCAACGUGACCAUUGGCGUACUGUAUGCCGUGUACCUACUGCAAGAGAUUUACCGCGAGAACAAGCGCAACGCAGCCCGGCAGGCCAGAGAAACCGCCGAAGUGCUGGAUGCUGGGUCAAACGAGGAGAAGCCGCAGCCGAGCGAAAAUGAAGAGGUGGAGGACGACCUUCGGCUGGUGGAACAUGCUUUCUAAUGGAACCCUUCGUUUUCGUUGCAUUGCCCUGUUGAUGAUGGGUUGUCUUUUUCACUUGGUUGCUGCGUUUCGCCCAUUUCGUGUGUGUGUGUGUGUGUGUGUGUGUGUGUGUGUGUGUGUGUGUGUGUGUGUGUGUGUGUGUGUGUGUGUGUGUGUGUGUGUGCGUGCGUGUUUGUGUGUGUGCGUGAUGGGUUGUGCGAGAGGGUGUGGUCUGUGGAAGUGUGUGUCUGCGGUGUGUGGUGUGAGAAAGAGAGAUUAGCUGCCGUGCUCCUGUUACUUGCUGCUUGUCUUGAAGGAGUGACACACCAUCAGUUAUGUUGUUACAGCACCCAUCAUGGUGAUGGGAGUGAAUGCACGUGAACAUGGAACAAAGAAAGAACAAGCAAACGAGCAAAGAACAAGCAACGUGUCAC